GGGUUUCCCUUCCUGGGCUGGGACGGCGGCGAGAGUCCAAAAAAAAAGAAAGAAGCAGCUCCCGUUGAUUAGGAACAAUCCCGCUGAGGUGUUUUUACCAGUAAGCUCGUCAGACGUCCAGUAAACAGGAGCGAUGUCUGAAAAGGGGAAGUUCCAAGAUGCAUCAGGCUAUGUAGGUUUUGCCAACCUUCCAAACCAAGUUCACAGAAAAUCUGUGAAGAAAGGCUUUGAAUUCACCCUAAUGGUUGUAGGGGAGUCUGGUUUGGGAAAAUCAACACUCAUAAACAGCCUGUUUCUCACUGAUCUCUACCCUGAACGCUUCAUCCCUGGUGCCGCAGAGAAGAUUGAGAGGACGGUGCAGAUUGAAGCAUCGACCGUUGAGAUUGAGGAGAGAGGAGUGAAGCUUCGUCUCACUGUGGUCGACACCCCUGGAUACGGCGACGCCAUCAACAGCCAGGACUGCUUCAAGACCAUCAUCCAGUACAUUGACAAUCAGUUUGAACGGUACCUCCAUGACGAGAGCGGACUGAACCGAAGACACAUUGUGGACAACAGGGUGCACUGCUGCUUCUACUUCAUAUCUCCAUUUGGACACGGUCUGAAGCCGCUGGAUGUGGAGUUCAUGAAGGCCAUCCACAGCAAAGUCAACAUCGUUCCAGUCAUCGCCAAGGCUGACACGCUGACACUGAGGGAGAGGGACCGCCUGAAGAGGAGGAUCCUGGAUGAGAUCGCCGAGCACGGGAUCAGAAUCUAUCAGCUGCCUGACGCAGACUCAGAUGAGGACGAGGAGUUCAAGGAGCAGACAAGAGUCCUGAAGGCGAGCGUUCCCUUUGCUGUGAUCGGCUCCAAUCAGCUGAUUGAGGUGAAGGGGAAGAAGAUCCGUGGUCGUCUCUAUCCCUGGGGAGUGGUUGAAGUGGAGAACCCUGAGCACAAUGACUUCCUCAAACUACGCACCAUGCUUGUGACCCACAUGCAGGACCUGCAGGAGGUGACUCAGGAUCUGCACUACGAGAACUUCCGCUCCGAGAGGCUGAAGAGAACGGGCAGGGCUGCGGAUGAGGAGGUGAUGGAUAAGGACCAGAUCCUGCUACAGAAAGAGGCCGAGCUGAGACGCAUGCAGGAGAUGAUCACUCAGAUGCAGGCGCAGAUGAAGAUGAACGAGUGAAAAGAUCGAUAGGAGCAGAGAAGAAAGCACAGUGAUCUUAAUAAACACACACACAAACACACACACACACUCGGUUCUCCUCUGAAUCCAUCACUGCCUGUGGCCCCCUGCCGACCCACCAGGAGCCCACGAUCACAUCAUCUUCAUCUGCACGCCCAAUCAUCGUCAUCAUCAUCAUCUUCCAUCCAAACAUCCAUCAAGGGUUCACAAGCUCACAGUAUUUUUUUCUAUUUGUAAUUUGUUCUCAAAAACCCAAGACUCACUUUUCAAAAGUACGACCUCGAUAAUAUUUGAUUACUUGACAACAUUGACAUUUAUUCAUCAUUUAAUUUUGUAUUAAUCGUGAUCCACCGAGCUGCCAGGGACAACAGACUGUUAACAAACAUAUUUGCAAUAAUCCUGCAUUUUGUUCACGUCGACGUCGACAUUUUCCAAUUAUUUUGUUUUCACUAUAAGACUAGUUUGAAUUUUUUUUUUUACUUAACAGUGAAAAAACUGUCUACUUAUAAUGCUUUCUAUUGGCUUGGGAGUCUCUGAGAAUCAUCUUCAUCUUUGAACGGUUUCAAACUUUGCGAACGUGUUGGCUUCAGUCUCACAACCCGAGGCCUUUAAAUAUCACCACAGUGAAAUGUAAGCGUGGUUGUGAACGAGGUGAACUGUCCAUGUUGAGAACGAGGAAUCCUCUAGUGUCCGGGUUUCUGGGCAGAAUAUUUGCCUGUAGUUGCCUUAGAAUGGAAACCUUUAUUUUUUUAGAUACAUUCAAUUUGAGGUGAAUGUUUGUCUUUUAGUUUGAAAAGCUGUUAAACUAAUUUACACUCCGUUACACAGAGAAACCAGCAUUCUGUAGGAACGUGCAUAAUUAAAUUAAAGGGCCAUGUUGUUAAUAUCUUUUUUAUUUAUCAACAGCUGCAUGAUCUUAACGCCGGUGCCAAACCACAGACUUAAAACUAAUCAAACAAGUCCAGUGGUUUAUUGUGUAUUUGCUUUAGUAACAUUUGUACGCUACUUGUGCAGUUCUUAAUCAUACUGUGUGUAGCUUCUCCCAUUUAAAUAUCCACUACUAUAAUAUGUAACUGCUCUUUGUGUAGACUCCCUCCAGCCUUCUGACGUUCCACCAGCAUGAUUUUGUUUCUGUCUUUUGCUCUGAUGCAUAUCUGUCUGUUGUACUCGCGUAGACAAAACACUAUUAUAAUUUUUUCCUAAUCAAAUGUCAGUAAAGUCUUGUUUUUUUAAAUGUCAACAUUUUUUACAUUUCACUCUGAAAUAAAAAUGUGUUUAGAGAAAAAAA